AGCGCGAGCACUAAGAGCGUUCAGUUAAGACAGAGGGGUACUCGAGCGGCGGCAAGGGCUGGCUGUAGGACCCUCAUAUGAGGGGGGGUCUGAUUAUUAAAAAAUAUAUAUAAUUCCCAUAUAGAUAUUAUGUAUGCCCCGGCUGCCGAAUAGGUCAUAUAUGUCAAGUUUGACAUUUUGAAAUAAGCAUUACAUCUCCAUGAUUUAAAAAAAUGCCUAUUUUACUCUUUUUGAUAGACACGUCCGCGUCUAUGAAUCAACGCACUUAUUUGGGUACGACGUAUCUGGACAUUGCUAAAGGCGCGGUUGAGAUCUUUAUGAAGCUGCGUGCCCGAGAUCCGGCUAGUAGAGGCGACAGGUACAUGCUAGUUACAUUUGACGAACCGCCAUAUGGAGUUAAGGCUGGCUGGAAAGAGAACCACGCCUCAUUCAUGGCCGAGCUGAAGAACCUGCAGGCUUUGGGCCUCAGCACCCUGGGCCAUGCUCUCCGGGCCGCCUUCGACCUGCUCAAUCUCAACCGCCUCGUCUCCGGGAUCGACAACUACGGCCAGGGCCGGAACCCCUUCUUCCUGGAGCCGUCGGUGAUCAUCACCAUCACGGAUGGGAGCCGGUUGACGCACAGCUCGGGGGUGCAGGAGGAGCUGCACCUGCCCCUGCACUCGCCCCUGCCCGGCAGUGAGCUGACCAAGGAGCCCUUCCGCUGGGACCAGCGCCUCUUCGCCCUGGUUCUGCGUCUCCCGGGCGCCGCCGUCCCCGAUAGCGAGCAGCUCGGCAGCGUGCCCAGCGAUGAGUCGGCCAUCACGCAGAUGUGCGAGGUCACCGGAGGCCGGUCUUACUGCGUGCGGACCCAGCGUAUGCUGAAUCAGUGCCUGGAGUCGCUGGUGCAGAAGGUUCUGAGCGGCGUGGUCAUAAACUUUGAGAAGACGGGCCCAGAUCCGCCCCUGCUGAACGACGAUGGCCUGCUGGACCCGGUACGCCCCCCGCUUCCCACUGGACCACAGUCUUGGCACAGCUGUCACAAGCUGAUCUAUGUGCGGCCCAACCCCAAGACAGGGGUCCCUGUAGGCCACUGGCCCAUUCCUGAAUCCUUCUGGCCCGACCAGAACUCGCCCACCCUGCCCCCGCGACCCUCCCACCCCCAGGUGCGUUUCUCCUGCGUCGACUGCGAGCCCAUGGUGAUCGACAAGCUGCCCUUUGACAAGUACGAGCUGGAGCCGUCCCCUCUGACGCAGUACAUCCUGGAGAGGAAGACGCCGCAUGUGUGCUGGCAGGUGUUCGUGUCCAGCAGCGGGAAGCACAGUGACCUGGGCCAGCCCUUCGGCUACCUGAAGGCCAGCACCACGCUCACCUGCGUCAACCUCUUCGUCAUGCCUUACAACUACCCCGUCAUCCUGCCUCUCCUGGAUGACCUGUUCAAGGUGCACAAGUUGAAGCCAAACCUGAAGUGGAGACAGGCCUUUGAGACCUACCUGAAGACCUUGCCUCCCUACUACCUCCUGCCCCUGAAGAAAGCACUCAGGAUGAUGGGAGCCCCGAACCUCAUCUCUGAUAACAUCGACUGCGGCCUGAGCUACAGCGUCAUCUCUUACCUGAAAAAGCUGAGUCAGCAGGCCAAGAUAGAGUCUGAUCGCCUGAUUGUGUCCGUGGGCAAGAGGCCCCCCCAGGAGAUGGGCAUCAAGGUGGGCAAGCACUCGAGCGCCCCGUCGCUGUCUCACGGCUGCGACUUCAAGCACCUGCUGCGGUGUGUCACCGGCGACGCCCCCCUGCCCGACGUCAGCGCCAAGGAGUUUGCCGGCUUCCAGAUCGCGCUGCUCAGCAAGGACGUUAAACCCCAGGCCUACCGGAACGCCUUUGAUAUUUCACGCCGGAACCUUCUGGAUCAGCUGACGCGCAUGCGCACUAACCUGCUACGCACCACACAGAAGCUCAUUCGCGGCCAGGAUGAAGACUACCUGCACAGCAUUCCGGUCGCUCAGAUGGGAAACUACCAGGAAUACCUGAAGGCCAUGCCUUCUCCCCUGCGGGAGAUUGACCCCGACCAGCCCAAGCGGAUGCACACGUUCGGGAACCCCUUCAAGCAGGACAAGAAGGGGAUGAUGGUGGACGAAGCGGACGAGUUUGUCGCAGGCCCUCAGAGCAAGAAGCGAGGGGGUGGGGGUGACCCCAGUCUGGGGGUGGCACCCAAGAGGAGGAGGAGCAUGUCACCCCUGCUGCGGCGGCCCCCGACGCCGCCCGUCGUCACCAACCAUGUGCUGGGGAAGGGCCCCCCCGGGACCCCGAGCAGCAACAGCUUCAUCAAGACCUCCACGGCACCAAAGGGAACAGAGGGCGGCCUCGUCCCAGGCACAGAGAGCAACGGGGGUGUCAGAGGUGUGGAACCUGACGGGGGCUGGCCUGGGGGGCUGGACGGGGGUGUUGCCUCUGAGCCGGGGGGCGCUGUGGGCGCCAAUCACGGAGGUGGAUUGCAGGGCGACUUUGGGGAGGAUGGCCUGGGUGAGAGGCCCGCUGAGCGGGCGGAGCACGGCGAGGAGCUGAGUCCUCCCGGCGCGGAGGGCUGUGCCGAGAGUCCCGAGGGGGAGGCCGACCCCGUCAGGGAGCCCGACACCAUCUUCAUACCUCCACUAGAGGGCAGCAACGCAGAACUGCGCAUGAGGGUCAUCAAGGAAGUGCGGAAGCCGGGCAGGAAUUACCAGACCAUUUUCCGGCUGUUAGAGGAAGUGCGGGGCCCCGUGGAGGUGCAGAAGUACUUCAUCCAGAACACCAUCAAGGAGGCCUGCAGGUUUAAGAAGCGUGUCCUAAUCCAGCAGCUGGAGGCAGCCCUGGAGGAGAUGGACACCCCACAGCUCAUGACCAACAACGCCCACUGCAGGUAGCAUGGAGGCGGCGCACCCCUGGGGGAUGAAGGCACGACGGUGACCCAUCUGCGGCGGGGGUUGCCCAGGGCCUAAAACACGGAGCGUGUCUUUAUGUUUCUGCUCAACCGAACGGUGAAAAGAAGCAAAUGAAUAGCUGUCUCCAGGGUAGAGAUGUGUGACCCUGCCGGAGGGGACGGCUGGCUGGGGGUGUGGCCUGAGUACGGGGAGGAGCUUGAUGGACGUGUUGAAGGAAGUAGGGUCUCUCGCACGUGGCUGAUGCAGAGGGAGGAAAGGCAGAAGGCUGGAUAAGUGACACCAGUGGGAGUCUCAACUACCUCAGAGGCAUUUUAUGUAUAUUGUUUCAGUGAAUAUUUUCACAUAAAUGCCCCUGUCACCUGAUGGCUACAUUUCUACAUUGUUUGACCAGUCUUUGUUUAAAGCUUUCCAGUAAAAACAAAUCUCAUUAGAAGGCUGAAAGUGACGCACGUUCCCUCCAGUGGACACACAGAUACUGGCUGUUUGGGGAUGCUGUUCACGCCCAUAUACCCAUAAUGCACCAGUCAAACUAAUACCUGAAGACAUUUUGGAUCUUUGGCUGGAUAAGGAUGGAUUGCUGAUAAACUUCUGUAAAAUUCUGGAUUAGUUAAGGCCUGUUAGCUGCCAAACCCAGUCUGCCUCCAUGGGUCUGGUUCAUUUAGCCACAGUGUGCAUCACAGGACUGGUCCAGAACCACACUGCAGUCACCUCAGUGCAGGACAAGUCGGUCCACUUGCAUCAUCCAGAACCACACUGCACUCACCUCCUCACAGAACUAGUAGGUCUGGUUACGUCAUCAAGAACCACACUGCAGUCACCUCCUCAUAGAACCGACUGGUCCGGUUACAUCAUCCAGUACCACAGUGCAGUCACCUCAGAGAACCAGUGGGUCUGGUUACAUCAUCCAGAACCACAAUGCACUCACCUCCUUACAGAACCGGGCGGUCCGGUUAUGUAUCAUCCACAACCACACCAUAGUCACCUUGUCACCGGACGGGUCAGUUCUGUUACGUUGUUCAAAACCACAGACCAGAUCUGUUUUUUGUCUUUGGUGAAAGAUGUAUAUUAAUUUUUAAUGUUCAUACAUAAUAAAAGGCUAUUUUUGGACAGUAUUCUUACCAAAGCAAAAAAUGACUAUUUUAAAAUAAACCUUGUAUAAUACAUUUUGUAAACAUGUCUUUUUUUAACAAAAUAAACCUGAGGAGAGUUAACAUGA